AUGGGCCAGUCGACUAGAUUCAGCAGCGAUUCUCUCGAACAGAUCGUUGACAAAACUGUUCAUGAUGGACAUUGCUUUACUGGAAAUGCUGGUAUCGGGAUGAACCUGUUUAAUCACUUUGUAGAUCUAUAUCGAGUAGCUUUCCUUUCUCUUCUUACGUUUCGUUUUCUUGCCGUCGGCACGGACUGGCUUAGCCUUUACGGCUUUCUUAGCACCCUUGGAGCUCGCUUUAGGAGGCAUAGCUUUGCCUUCCGCCUCUUUCCGUCGACAUCCUCCGAGGGGCUUCUCAGUCUCUUCCCCGGUGUAGCAAAGUCUUUUUUGGGGGGUCUCCCCCUUGUGCACCGGGGUUGUGGCCCUCCUUUGGGGGGGGAUGACGAGUGGGCUCUUGGAGGCGGUGGCAGAGUCUUUGCUUUGGUCGGGGAAGGCGGGGCAGAGGAUGGGGGGCUAACAGUCUUUGGUGAUGGUGAUGGUGGUCUUAGUGUUGUUGGUCUCGGUGUUGGUGUUGUAGGUCUCGGUGUUGGUGGUGGUGUUGUUGUAGGUCUCUGUGUUGGUGGUGGUGUCAAUUGUCUCGGUGUUGGUCGUGGUGUUGAUUUUCUCGGUGUUGGUCGUGGUGUCGGCUCUGCUGGGGCCGAGGCAUCACCCCCACUGCCGUCGGACGCGGAGACGUCGCCACUCUGCUGCAUGUUCAGACGCGCCGCCGCCCUCGCUUUCCUCUUCCCCUUACCAACAACCUUCCAAUCCCCUUCCUCCGCGGCGGUUAAGGGGGCGGCGGGUACAGAGGCCUUAGUCUCUUUCACUGCCUCUUGGGGUGGCAGCUGGCCCGUGCUAGAUGCCUCCUUGGGAGGCGGCUGGGAUUCGCAGGCUGCCUCCUUGGUAGGCGGCUGGGGAUCACUGGAUGCCUCUUUGGGAGGCGGCUCUUGGUCGGUGGUUGCCUCUUGGGGAGGCAGCUGGUGGUCGCAAGUUGCCUCUUUGGGAGGCAAGGGCUCAGAUGCCACAGCAUCUGGAGCUGAAACUGCUGGCUAG